CGAGGAAGGACGCCAUUAUCGGAAUCCACACAAACAACACGAGAAUUCAUCAUUCACACGAUAUAAAUGAUGUCAGAGCAAGAUUUGGUGGAGAUAGUCCAGAUUGCAGUGGCAGAUUUGAAUCACGAGGGUCACCAAGCAGAAGAAAGAAAGUCAUAGGGGUCUGGAAUAACAUGAGGGUGAGUAAAUGAUGAUAGAAUUUUCAUUUUUGGCCAUACUAUUCCUUUACAUUAGAUGUCCUGGAGAAUAAUGAAGAAGCUGAUCAACCUGGGAGAAAACGAGCAAGGAUGGACUGUAAUCAAGAGACAUCAAUUAAGUCACUGCUGGUAUCCAUCAGUCAGGCUAUCUGCGAGCGGCUUGACAGCAUGGAGGCUAAACUGCAGGCUCUAGAGGCCACUUGUCGAGGGUUAGUGGAGAAACUGGACAUAGUUAUGGGGAAGAACCCAGCAAUGAUCCAGGUACCUAUGGUGGCUGGGUCCCCAUUUGGAGCCACUCAGACUUGCGACAAAGUACGUUGUGUUGUUCCCCAGACAAAUGUCGUAGUUAGUGGAGAAAAGCAAAAGAUGCCACGGGAGGAGACAACACCACGUACCUCCGACUCUUUAGAGAACUUACUGAGCAAUACUGUUGGGCGGGGAAGACAGAAAACCAUUGUGCUGAAGGUUCCAGUCCAGGAAGAGAUUCAGGAGGACCAGGAAAGCGGUUCUGAAACGAGCGAUUCGGUGUCCAACAGCGGCCAGCCAUCAUCUCAGAAUGCCAACAAUGUGACGCUCAUCACUCUGAAUUCGGAGGAGGACUACCCAACAGGGACAUGGCUGGGUGAUGAAAACAAUCCAGAGAUGCGUGUGCGCUGCCCUGUGUCUCCAGCCGACAUGCUGCACAUCAGUACUAACUGCCGUACAGCGGAAAAGAUGGCUCUGACGCUGCUCGACUACCUUUUCCACCGUGAGGUGCAAGCCGUCUCCAACCUCUCUGGUCUGGGCAAACAUGGCAAGAAACAGCUGGACCCGCUCAUGAUCUAUGGCAUUCGAUGUCAACUGUUCCACAAGUUCGCUAUUACUGAGUCGGACUGGUACCGCAUCAAGCAAAGCAUCGAUUCCAAGUGUCGCACUGCCUGGCGCCGGAAGCAAAGGGGACAAAGCCUUGCCGUCAAAAGUUUCUCUCGACGGACUCCUGCCUCGCAGAACAGCUCAGAUGGAGUUUCAGCUGCAGAGACGUCGCCUAUUGAGACUUCUACACAGCAGGCCUUGCACUACGCCCUGGCUGGUGCUGGACAGCAAGUCCAGAUCCACCGUAUCGGAGAAGACGGGCAGGUGCAAGUAAUCCCGCAGGGACACCUCCACAUCGCUCAGGUUCCACAGGGUGAACAGGUGCAGAUCACACAGGACAGCGAGGGCAACUUGCAGAUCCACCAAGUGCAUGUUGGACAAGACGGACAGGUAAAUGUUCUAAGAGGACCGCAGCUCAUCGCCGUGGCCUCAGCCGAUGGGACGAGCGGAGUUGACGCAUCUCCUCUACAAGCUAACGACAUUCAGGUGCAAUACGUCCAGCUUGGAGCGGUCACCGACCACACCGGCACAGUACAAGCAGAAGCUCUGACUCCUGCACUGCAGGCGGAGAUAGAUGUUAAGGAAACCAUUCAGCUCCAGCAAACGGAGAACGGAGAGGUGGUCCAGAUCCAGAUGCCCGUCAACACCGUCGGCACUUGAGAUGCUCACCCAAACGUAAUCACCAAUAUUCAGCGAGAACAUGGAGCUGGUUGAAACCAAGAAGAGUGGGUGCUCAAGCUCCCUAAUUCUCAAAGAAACCCCCUCAUCUCCAGUCAAAAGUUAUUGGCAAAAUCCAAGUAAAGCAAAUGUGAUUUGUUUAUAAUGUGACAGCUCUUUUGGAAACUACUUACAGUACCCCACCCAUUACAGUAAUAGCAUCUACUCUGCUUAGUAACAUAUAUGCUAUGUUUGCUUCAUUGCUGGCUGAUCAAAUCUCUCUGGCUCUUGUCACAGAGUAAAGCGACAUGGAACAAAAAAUCUUUGCAGUAACUCUUAAGCAAAGAACAAGUAUGAUCAACUAGAUAUUCGAGCAGACUGUCAAACUGUCAGGGUUUAAAUCAUGUGAAGUCCAAUUUCCAUAAACUCUCCUUGUGUCAUUUUUCUAGUACAAGCAUCUAUUCCUUAUGACAUUACAAACCAGCACCAUUGUAAGGUAUGCUUUGAUUUAUAACCCUAGAUUUUCAGUUCUCUUUUUGUUUUUGUGUGUGUGUGUGUGUGUGUGUGUGUGUGUGUGUGUGUGUGUGUGUGUGUGUGUGUGUGUGUGUGUGUGUGUGUGUGUGUGUGUGUGUGUGUGUGUGUGUUGAUGUGGUGUUUGGGGAAUAUUUAAGGACCGCCCCUUCUCUCUCAUCAAUAUUUGAUUGCAUUCAUAUUGGUUUAGCCCAAUAUUUAGUUUCCCAUACCUUUAUUGUACAAACAACUACUGAAGGUUUUGUAGAGCAGUUUACUAAAAUACAGCAAAUAUGUGAUAACAAAGAGCUGUUAAUGUAGUAUAUGAAUUAUGUACUUUUCAUAUAUAUUAUAUUUGUGUAUGAUAGAUUUGUUCAAAUUGAAUAAAUGAAUGUUGUUUCCAUGUAUAGUAUCCUGAGCUAUCUAUGACAGUAACUGUAACAAUAUCUCCCAGACCAAACCUAGUAGGACCAAAGUCCCUUUCGAGGCAAGUCAGUCCACUCGGCAGCCAUCUUUGAAUGCUUCCCUUGCAGCAAUUUUCUAUGGAUACGAGUGCAGGUCCUAUCUACUUGAAUAGAGGAAAGACCGAAAUCUAAAUGGCUGGUCAAGAUUAUGGUCAAAUCACAUUUCAAACUUCAGUAAAAUCUGACAACAACGGUAUCAUACAUUGUGCUUCUUUAGCUCAGAUCAUGAAAAAAACACUAUUUUUUAGGCUGGUCCAGCUAAUUCUCAAGUUAACUGACAGGUGAUGUCUGUAUCUAAAAGGAGAUUGACUCUUGUACCUGUAAGGCAGGACUUUCUUUUUUACAUUGGCCAUAUUGGGCGUUCUAAUUUCUCCAAUUGAUUUUAAUAUCAGUUCUCUGUCUCAGGUUAA